UAACAGUGGCUGCGAAUCGUGGAGUACACGCCAUCAAAGAACGUCUUCGAACCGAUGCGCAGUAUGCGGCUCACCUCGCUAGUUUAGUGGAGCCUCGCAUUCCGUUACUGCGCCGUGACCUUAAAGUCGCCGCGUGCACCAACAUUGAUACUUACUUUCGGCUCAGCAAUAAUGUGGUCAAGGCAAAGAAAUUGAUGGAGCAGCAUGCGUAUAUCUAUGCAUUGAAGUUUGAUUUGAACGACGAUGCUUCACCCAUAGGCAAAAAACCCUACCAGGGUGACCUGCUGAUCUUUCUCAUAUACGAGGCAGUCUUUAGCGGUCCGAAGUCUAUCGGCAUCAAGUUCGUCAAGCGCUUUGCCAAACUGGCGAACAACAAGGGCAAUCGUCCUGAAUGCCCCAUUCCGUUACUCGCACUUGUGGCAACAGCGGUCUAUGCAGCCCUUUUCUGGAAGACACUCGGCUCACCAGGGAAGUUUAACUUUACAGGGAAUCAAUUCAGCGAGACGUAUGUGUUUCAUGUCAAGUUCCUCGAGGACUUGAAGUGGGAUGCACCGGGAAAGUUUCAUUGCAUGAUGGCUGAUAUUUACGAAGCUGUACAGACCUUGAAACGGAAGGGGAACAAUCAUUUCGUUAAUGAGCAUCGAGAUGCACUGGGGCUACUCGACCUGGAUGGAAUGGCAGAUGAUUAGGUCCUGUAUUCAUGCUGAUCUAUACCUGUAAACAUCCCAGAUUCGUGUAUCACACCUUAAUUUGCCUAGUCCUCCAAGUUGGC